AUGUCGAGCUACGGAAGUAUGUCACCGUCGGACGAGGGCUUCGACAGAUACGAUCCACCAUUCUACUGUCAACCACCACAUCAAGGUAGCUCCAUGGAUGGCAGUGUGUAUUGGCCGGCUCCCAACCCUGAAGGUCAUGAAUUGGAUUCCUCCGAGAUAUACCAUGACAACGCGCACUUCAUAGGACGAAGCUAUGGUUACGAUGAGAUGCAGGUCACUUCGAACGAGCCAUACGAUCCUUUCCACCACAAUAUUCAUCAUUCCUACACUCAGAACGGCUCAGGUCUUGAUUGCGAUCUCCAGUCCCUCCCGCUCCGGUACGAGCGACCGGCUCCUCCAUCGUUCAUCAGAGUCGCCAAGCGGCGUACCACAGCCAACAAGAAGGAGAGGAGACGCACCGAAAACAUUAAUACAGCGUUCUCGGAUCUGCGUGAUUGUAUACCUAAUGUGCCGCCAGACACGAAACUUUCAAAGAUGGUGCGCAAGAGAUCUCAAACUAUCAACAUAGCCUUCUCGAAUCUUAGGCAGCACAUUCCCCAUGUACUGCCCGACACUAAAAUGACUAAGAUCAAGACCUUGCGGCUGGCAACGUCCUACAUCUCAUACUUACUGAAAGUAUUAGAGAGUGAUGGAGAGCCCGCGGGCGGCUUCAGAGCUGACCUCCAUCACACGCCGCCCAGGAGACGGAACGCUGACGGGAACCAGAGUUCGGCUGACAAACGCGGCAAAGGCAGAACAGGCUGGCCACAGCACGUCUGGGCUCUGGAGCUGAAAACCGAACAGAAUAUACCCGCAUGA